GAAUUAAUUUCUCAGAAAUAAAACCAAACUAGUGAGAAACUUUGCUAAUAAUAAAUAUAACUGUGAUGGCUAAUUUGGUACUAGGUAGUAGUGUAGUGUGGUACGAUGAAUGGAUUUUGAUUUGGAUGAUUAAAUAGGAUUUGUUUGGUGGGAGAAUAGGAAGCGUCGAUCGGAAAAUGCAAUCGUUAUCGUUAAGUAUGAGUCUUCGGGGGAGUUUAGCGAAUUUUCUGUUGCUGGGUUCGGAGGCCAGAGUGAGAAAAAGGAGUGCCGUCGUAGCGUGUGCUUCCGAGGGAGACAGUGGUAGCACCAGCUCCUUUCUCUCUAGGACCCAAACCUACGCCCUUCUCAAGCAACAGUUGCAUGUCGCUGCUAAAUCCGAGGAUUACAAGGAAGCGGCUAGAAUUCGUGACUCGUUGAAGCUGUUUGAGGAGGAGGAGCCUGUUUUGCGUCUCAGGAGACUGUUGAAGGAAGCAGUUGCUGAAGAGAGAUUCCAGGAUGCAGCUAGUUAUCGGGAUGAGCUAAAAAAAAUUGCCCCACACUCUCUUUUAAAAUGUUCCAGUGAUGCUACAACACUGGGAAUCAGGGUUCAAGUUAGGAGUGUGUAUAUAGAGGGUAGAAGUCAGCCUUCAAAGGGGCUAUACUUCUUUGCAUAUAGAAUAAGAAUUACCAAUAACUCAGACCACCCUGUUCAACUUCUUAGAAGGCAUUGGAUUAUAACUGAUGCCAAUGGGAGAACGGAAAAUGUCUGGGGAAUUGGAGUUGUUGGUGAACAGCCAUUAAUACUUCCUGGGAAUAGUUUUGAGUACUCUUCAGCAUGCCCACUGAGCACACCAAAUGGAAGAAUGGAAGGUGACUUUGAGAUGAUCCAUGUUGAUAGAGUGGGCUCACGAUCAUUCAAUGUGGCCAUUGCCCCGUUUUCUCUCUCUCUGCUUGGAGAUGAUGAUGGUUGUAAUAUUUAGAAAUUGAACUGCAAUCUGCAGCAUCACCUUCUGCAACAUUAAAUGAUUAUCAUUCUCAUCGCCAUUCCAUUCCAAAGUAUUAAAGCAGGCUAUUUGCUUUAUUAAGUGUAAAAUAUCCGAUUGUUACGAAUAAACCGAUCAGCAUACAUUUGUAUUUUAUUGAAUUUGUAGAAAACACAAAGAAAGAAAUCAAUAUUAUAGAAACCAAACCAA